AUGGCUGCGCGCCACGCGGCGGACGGCGAGACGGCGCGGCAGAUACCCGGCGUGGAGCCCAAGUCGCUGGAGCACGGCGCGGUCGACAUGCCCCUCGUCAGCACGCUGGGCUACCUCAGCAUGGACUCCGUGCAACUGCUGGGCCUGUCGCGCAUGAUUCUGAACUGCAUCGCGAAGAAGUUCUGGGGCAUCGUCCUGCCCCCGCGACUGAAGGAGGAGGAGCCGUGGCGGGUCAGCCGGGCGAGCCGGAAGGAGAUGAAGGCGCGCGGCGCGCAGAUCGUUCUACCGGCCUCGACCGCCGUGUACUUCCUGAACAUCCCCAACGCGGGGGAGGUGUCGCGCGAGGCGGGGGAGGAGCGGCGGGGCGACGUGCAGCGGCGGCUCCUCGCGCUCGGGCGCCUGUUCGAGGAGCAGGGGCAGCACGAACUUUGCUCCAUGUCCUUCCAUCUGCUGGCCUGCCAGGGCGCGAAGCAGGAGGAGAUGUUCGGGCCCGCCGGAGCGUGCAACGAAUUCUGGAUCGAGCGCGUCGUCGGCUACUGCGUUCAGCGCACGAAGGGCAAGCUCAGCUCCAUGCCGGAGUGGACGCUGUGCUCGCACAUCAACGAGCGGUACAACCUCCAACGGCUCCACGACGGACGCGCGGCGGACGUGGUCGACGGCCGGCCGGUGCCGCUGCCCUGCGUCGGCGCGCCGGACGCGCGGCACCGCCGCAGGAAGGCGAGGGAUGCGGCGGCAAUGGUGGACGCAGGCAAGCAGCUGCAUCGCACGGACGUGCACCGGCGCGUCAAGGGGGACUGGACGGCGCUGGUGGGGGCGGUGCGGCGGUUCGUGGCGAAGGAGGCGAGCUGCGAGCGCACCAACGGCGUGAUUUGCGACCCCAAGUGCUGGGAAGCAGUCGCGAGUGCGGGCUGUCGGGCUCCGGGAUUCGCCACGAUGUGGGAAGCAGCGCUGUCCGCCGGGCGCGAGGAGGACAUCAUCAUCACGGAGCACAAGAAGGCGACGCCGGACGGGCGCACCGUGGUCCACCGCGGAGCCGAGGGCAUCGAGCCUGCGCAGGGCACGCGCAGCUCGCGGGACGGGUCCUGGGUCGGCGUAGCGUGGGAGACAGACUCGCGGAUGAGACUGUGGACGUGCCGUGUGCGACGGCUGCACUCGGUGAGGAAGAUCGGCGCCGAGGCGCUGCCCGACAUGCUCAUCACAUCGGUGGAUGUCUACAACCCUGGCAACGCGCCGACGGACGCGCUGCGCGAGCUGACGGGCUGGAGGGAGAGGCAGUGGCUGUGGCUCGACCAGAUCGACCACCUCUGCACGAUGGCGUACGAGCCGCGCAACGACCUCGGCAAUGGGUGGGACCUGGUGCCUUGGGCUAUGAAAUGCCUUCCUGCCGGCGAGUGGGAGCUGGUGGACACGCAGUGGCCGCGCACGGGCCCCGGACCGACGGGCGCACGGAGGCACCGGGUCGCGACGGCGCGGGCGGGGCCAACGGGCGGGGCGGGCAAGCGCGGGCGCGGGAGCGUGCGCGGGCGCACUGCGGGGCGGUCGCCCGCGAUGUCGCUGGGCGGCGACGACGCGGCGGGCGGCUCCGAGGACGAGGAAUCGUAG